AUGGCAUUGAGUAUCCUGACGGUAAUGAGCAACGUCUUCGGCGGCUUUUCCGCAGACUUUAAAAAGAAAAACUUCUCCUUGUAUGGACAAUGGAUUGGCCUUUUUACCAUCAUCUUAUGUUUGGCUCUCGGAAUCGCCAACAUCUUCCAUGCUUCCUUGGUGAUCAUUUUUUCCAUCAUAUGUAUUGUCCAGGGCCUUGUAGUGGUGUUUGUGGAGGUUCCGUUCCUCUUGAGAAUCUGCCCAUUGACAGACAAGUUCACCAGCUUCAUUAAAAACUUUGAUGAAAACUGGCCAAGAUGCGGGUUCUACUUGUUGAUGAGUGUAAUUCAAUGGUUGUCACUCACUCUUCAGACCACCAGCUUGAUUGUGGUUGCCGUAUUUUUCGCUUUGGCGAGCGCAUGCUACGCAUUGGCUGCUAUCAAGCACCAAGAGUACUUGAAGACAUCGUUCAAUGUUGCAGGUGAACAGGGCUCAUUAGAGGCCCAGGUGGGAGAGCACGUUGUGAGAAAUGUUUUGUAG